AUUUGUAUUUGGUUAUUUCAGGGGCGAAGUUAGAACGAUGAUGUUGCCGAUACUUGCUUUGAUUGUUGCAAUUUUCAUUCCAAAUGGAGUUUUGUCAAUUCCCUCUUCCACAGUUCCCGCAUUUCUUUGGUCAUCUCAUUAUAACCUAGUCUCAGACAAUGGAUUGAAGGAGUCUGUUAAUUAUCAGGUCAUUUCUCCAAAAGACCUAGCAAAGUCUGUUUUAUCUGAAGCAGGCUGGUCAAAUUUUCUGUGCAAAGGGAAGAAAUCUCAGGAUCCUCUCGAUCUGGCACUUCUAUUUGUGGGUGGAGAGGUAAUAUCGUUCAAGCGUUUAUAUAGAUAGUUUGUGAUUAUUAUGAAGGUGUU